UUCAAACUCCCCCAGCCCGCCUUAUCCAUCUCUCCGCGCCGUUGGUAUGUAGACCCAUUCGGUGCUAGUCGAGUGGGACACCCUCUUCAGAAUGUGUCUUCCGGUACUGCUGGGCUUGAUGUCUAAGGGUCUCAGCUAUUUUUUAUGGUCUCUUUGUAGGCCUUUUCAUCCUGAAAACUGCUCCGCUCCACUGUCUGAACUAAAAGGAAUUUUCAGAUACCUGGGCCAUCACAUUUUUUGUUGGUUUCGCGUACGCACCCGCCCCGUCUUCUAUUCCUCGAUCGGUGUUUAUAUUACCAGAUCUAGGUGUACUUGUGCGCCGUUUCACACCUAUUCCUCGUCAUUAAGUAUGAAUUGAUAUCUCGGUUCUGCUCUUGGGUGCAUCCUUAAUCCGAUACUAGUCCCCAGUUGAACCUCUGCUCUAUAAUAAUAUCCGUUUCUCUCGA